AUGCCGGUGCUGUACCACCUGACGCUGCAGAAGCCCACGGCGAUCACGAAAAUCGCGUAUGGGAACUUCUCCGGGCCGAAGGUGCACGAAAUCGUGGUGUCCAAGGGGCAGGUGCUGGAGCUGCUGAGGGCGGACAAGCAGGGCAAGCUGAACCUCAUAGCGUCAAAGGACAUCUUCGGGAUAAUCCGCUGCCUCCAAACGUUUAGACUCACGGGAAGUAACAAGGACUACGUGGUGAUUGGCAGCGAUUCGGGAAGGCUAACCAUCCUACAAUUUAGCAACGAGAAGAAUGACUUCGUGAGGGUGCACUGUGAAACGUAUGGGAAGAGCGGCCUCAGGAGAAUCAUCCCCGGAGAGUACAUAGCAGUGGACCCCAAGGGAAGAGCGCUGAUGAUAUGUGCGAUUGAGAGGCAAAAAUUUGUGUACAUUCUAAAUAGGGACACGAAGGAGCAGUUAACAAUUAGUAGCCCGUUAGAUGCACACAAGUCCCAUACCAUAUGUCACGACGUGGUCGGGAUGGACGUUGGAUUUGAAAAUCCCAUGUUCGCUUCGAUUGAGCAGAAUUAUGAAGCGUUAGAUAAGCAGGUGACGAAUACAAGCGAGAUUGAUAGCUACACGAGGAAGACUCUCCUCUCCUUGUGGGAAAUGGACUUAGGGUUAAAUCAUGUGAUUAGGAAAUACACCUUCCCAAUUGAUGCAAGUGCCCAUUUGCUGAUUCCCAUUCCGGGGGGGCAACAAGGGCCAAGUGGAGUGAUCGUUUGUUGCGAUAAUUUCUUGGUCUACAAGAAGGUAGAUCAUGCAGAUGUGUAUUGUGCCUACCCAAGGAGACUAGAAACGGGGCAGGAAAAGAACCUCUCCAUUGUGUGUAGCACGCUUCACCGAAUUAGGAAAUUCUUUUUCAUUCUAAUUCAGUCGGAGCUGGGAGAUCUAUACAAAAUAGAAAUGGAGCACGAGGAUGGUGUCGUAAAAGAAAUUACUUGCAAAUAUUUUGAUACCGUUCCCGUGGCGAAUGCCAUUUGCGUCAUGAAAUCUGGGUCGCUUUUCGUGGCAGCUGAAUUUGGGAAUCAUUUUUUCUACCAAUUUUCGGGCAUUGGGGAUGAGGAUAACGAGGCCAUGUGUACCUCCAAGCACCCCUCAGGGAGAAAUGCCAUCAUUGCCUUCAGGACGAAGAAGCUCACAAAUUUGUUUCUAAUAGAUCAGGUGUAUUCUUUGUCCCCCAUCUUGGAUAUGAAAGUGAUCGACGCGAAGAAUGCCAGCAGUCCGCAGAUUUACGCCCUCUGCGGUAGGGGCCCCAGGUCAUCCCUCCGCAUUCUGCAGCAUGGGUUGAGUAUAGAAGAACUGGCGGAUAAUGAGCUCCCCGGAAGACCUAAAUUCAUUUGGACCAUUAAGAAAGACAACGCCAGUGACUAUGAUGGGUACAUCAUCGUCAGCUUUGAAGGCAGCACUCUCAUCCUCGAAAUUGGGGAAACGGUUGAGGAAGUCGUAGACAGUUUGUUGCUAACCAACGUGACGACUAUCCACGUGAAUAUCCUCUACGAUAAUUCCCUCAUUCAAGUGCAUGACGCGGGGAUAAGACACAUAAAUGGGAAGGUAAUACACGAGUGGGUACCUCCCAAAAAUAAACAAAUCAAAGCAGCCACAUCAAAUUGUGCCCAAAUUGUAAUUUCGCUCAGCGGAGGAGAGCUACUCUAUUUCGAAAUUGACGAGUCCCACACGUUAGUGGAAACGUUUAGGAAAAACCUCAACGUGGAAACGCUAUGCUUGUCUAUACAGCAGGUUCAGGAGAACAAGUUGAGGGCUAACUUCCUCGCCGUUGGCUGUCUAGACAACGUCGUGAGGUUACUCUCCAUCGAAAAGGAAAAAUACUUUAAUCAACUUUCUACCUUUAUCCUGCCAAAUAACUCCUCCGCGCAGGACAUCUGCAUCACAGAAAUGAGCGAGCUUGGUAACGAUAAGGAGAGAAAAUUGCUCUUCCUUAACAUUGGGCUGAAUAAUGGGGUCCUUCUGCGAAGUGUGGUGGAUCCCAUCACGGGCACGCUGACCAACCAUUAUUCAAAAUAUCUGGGGGCCAAAAAUGUAAAAAUAUGCCCCGUCCAUGUUAAGAAGAAUGCGGCUCUCCUAGUGCUCUGCGAAAAGACCUACUUAUGUUACGUCCACCAGGGGAAAUACAUUUACUCUCCUUUGAAUUAUGACAUCUUAGAAUACGCGUCGUCUUUCCAUUCGGAGCAGUGCUCUGAUGGGUACGUUGCCAUUUCCGGGAGUAGCUUGCGCAUCUUCCGGUUCUACCGCCUAGGGGAAGUAUUCAGUCAGAACAUUUUGCACUUGACCUUCACUCCGAGGAAGAUCGUGCCGCUCCCCUUCCCCUCCCUCUUCUACGACCACGACACGUCCCUCGAAAUUGAGCGGCAGAAGAACAUCCGCAUGCUCGCCAUCAUCGAGGCCGACCACAACUCCUACGACGAGAAUACGCUCAGCGAAAUUCAGCGGGCGCUUAAGGGCAUUCAGCUCGACGGGGAGGACGCGCAGGGGGGAAGCGCCUCUGUACAGCAACUGCGGGAGAACGGCGACGCGGAAGAGGAAGAGGAGGAGGAACUCCUCUACGAUCGAAUAGGAACCGUCAAGGCGGGCCCCGGCAAGUGGGGCUCCUGCAUAAAGAUAAUCCACCCAGUCAAUUUACAAACGAUAGACAAAAUUUCCCUCGAAAUGGAAGAAGCAGCUUUGAGCGUCUGUGCCUGCGAGUUGGAGGCUCUCCACUGUUUAAUCGUCGGCACCACCACCAGCUUGUCCUUGAAAAACCGCUCUGCCCCAGCAGCGGCAUUGCGUGUCUACACCUACGACAUCAAUUAUAAGCUCAACCUACUGCACAUAACCCCAGUGGAAGACCAGCCAUUCUGUUUCUGCCCAUUCAACGGGAGACUCCUAGCUUCCAUAGGGAACAAGCUCAGAAUAUACGCUCUAGGAAAGAAGAAACUACUAAAAAAAUGCGAAUACAAGGACAUCCCUGAGGCGAUCAUCUCCAUUAAGGUUUCCGGCGAUCGCAUCUUCGCCUCCGACAUAAGAGAGUCCGUCCUCAUCUUCUUCUACGACGCAAAUAUGAACACGUUAAGGCUCAUUUCGGAUGAUAUAAUCCCCAGGUGGAUCACCUGCUCGGAGAUCCUCGACCACCACACGAUUAUGGCGGCCGACAAGUUCGACUCCGUCUUUGUGCUGAGGGUGCCCGAGGAGGCCAAGCAAGAGGAGUAUGGCAUAUCGAACAAAUGCUGGUACGGAGGCGAAAUCAUGGCCGGCUCGAACAAGAACAGGCGGCUCGAGCACAUCAUGAGCUUCCACGUCGGAGAAAUAGUCACCUCCCUGCAGAAGGUGAAGCUGUCGCCCACCAGCAGCGAGUGCAUAAUAUAUUCCACCAUCAUGGGGACCAUAGGGGCGUUUAUCCCGUACGACAAUAAGGAGGAGCUGGAGCUGACGCAGCACCUGGAAAUCAUUUUGCGGACGGAGAACCCCCCGCUGUGUGGGCGCGAGCACAUAUUUUUUCGUUCCUACUACCACCCCGUCCAGCACGUCAUUGACGGAGACCUAUGCGAGCAGUUUUCCAGCCUGCCAUACGACGUCCAGAGGAAAGUGGCGGCCGACUUGGAGAGAACCCCAGAUGACAUCCUGCGAAAGUUGGAAGACAUUCGGAAUAAAAUUCUCUAA